AUGGAGAUCAAGAAAACCGUUGAAGAUGAUAUACUUGGGUUUCCCUUGGAAGAGGGCACCGAAAGAAAAGAAAGGUCACCGUUCUACAUACUCCGUGGAGGAAUCUUGAAAAAAAGAAAAAAAAUUCCAACUGUGACGGGGUACGACCCUUAUAGGCUAGUGGAUCCAGCUAAAUUUGAAGAUCUAAAUACGUGGUUAUCGAGCUCCCCUGAAAGAUGCUAUCCUUUCUCAUAUUCGAUAGCGUGCUAUAGAGUUCCUUCUCUUAACAAUGACCAUUGGCUAGCACUCGAGAUUGAUCUUUCCGGCAGAUCCAUUUACGCAUAUGAUAUUCAACAAGUGUUAUGCGGAAGCCACAAUUUGAUAAGGAACUGGAGCCCAUUCGAGUUUGUG